AAAACUCGCACCUCACUCUCGACAAUCUCUGGAAUCAAGUUAUAGGGCUAUUAAACAUGGCUCUGCGAACACUCUCGGCGAAGAACGCGGCAGCGCUUGACCAGGAGCUCAUGACGGCGGGUGCCUUUUCGAUUGAUCAGUUGAUGGAGCUUGCGGGCCUUUCAGUUUCACAAGCAGUAUUCAAGCUCCAACCGCUCAACAAGGGACGCCGAAUCCUAGUUGCUUGCGGCCCGGGAAACAACGGCGGUGACGGACUCGUGGCCGCAAGGCAUCUGUUCCACUAUGGAUACCAACCUACCAUCUACUAUCCCAAGCAGAGCAAGAACGAGCUAUACCAGCGCCUGAAGAAACAACUCGAAGACCUCAAGGUCCCCUUCACAGACGACUUCCCCAGCGCGCUCAGCCAGACCGACCACAUCGUCGAUGCCAUCUUCGGCUUUUCCUUCUCAGGCGAGGUCCGCGAGCCGUUCCCCAAGGUCAUCGAAGCCCUGCGCGACACUAAGAUUCCGGUCCUCGCUGUCGACGCGCCCUCUUCUUGGAACAUUGAGGAGGGUCCGCCGGGUUCGGGGCCUGGGAAGGGAUUCAUGCCUGAAGCGUUGAUUUCGCUGACAGCGCCGAAGCCGCUGGUGAAGUGGUUCAAGGGGAGGCACUUUCUGGGCGGGAGGUUCUUGAGCCCGGCCAUGGCACAGAAGUAUGAGUUAGAUAUUCCCAAGUAUGAGGGGUUGGAUCAGGUGGUGGAGGAGCCGGUUGAAGGGAAGUUGUAAAGGAAAGAUGCCACGGCGAAGGGACUGGAAAGUCAGAUGGGUACGGCGGCAUCAUUGUUACUGCCUGCUGUCUCCUUAACAGAGCUGUGAGCAACAAAAGCAGGAG